AUGAAGAGAGAGAUAGCAAAUCUAGUUGCCGAUGGACUGUACAAAAAAGCUCUUUGUUUAAACUCACAACUCCACUCUUCCUCUCUCCGCCCCAACAAAUUUACCUUCCCUUCUCUCCUCAAAGCUUGUGCCAAGCUCAGAUUAAUUCCCCAAAGUCAAAUGCUUCAUACCCAUCUCGUAAAAACCGGGUUUCAAACAGAUAUAUACACUGCCACAGCACUGACGGAUUGUUAUAUGAAGCUCCACCUCUUAAAUGAUGCUCUCAAAGUGUUCGAUGAAAUUCCUGAACCGAACAUGGCUUCGUUUAAUGUUGCAAUUUCUGGGUUUUCACGGUAUGGGUUUUACAAUGAAGCCUUGAGGGUCGUUAGGCUAGCUGCUAUGAAGGGUUUCAGACCAGACUCGGUUAGUGUAGCUAGUCUGUUGUCUGCUUGUGAAUAUGUUGAAAUUGGCAUCCAACUACAGUGUUGGGCAAUGAAGAUUGGUGUCGGAAGGGAUAUUUAUGCAGCAACGUCACUUGUGACAAUGUAUAUGAAUUUUGGAGAGUUGGUUUCGGCAACGAAGGUGUUUGAAGUGGUUCAAGAUAAGAAUGUGGUGUGCUACAAUGCUUUUAUUUCGGGGUUGUUGCAACUUGGGUCUCCACGUGCAGUCUUGGAUGUGUUCAACGAUAUGAGGAGAUCAUCAGGUGAAGAACCCAAUUCAGUGACAUUGAUUUGUAUUAUUUCUGCUUGUUCAGAUCUCAAGUAUGUUGGAUUUGGUAGACAGGUUCAUGGGUACAUCUUCAAGGUUGAGAUGAGUUUUGAUACUAUGGUUGGCACUGCACUAGUAGAUAUGUAUUCCAAAUGUUGUUGUUGGCAAAGGGCCUUUGAUGUCUUCAAAGAAAUGAAUGGAAAAAGGAACUUAAUUACAUGGAAUUCGAUGAUCACAGGAAUGAUGUUGAAUACUCAGAGUGAGAAUGCGGUUAAACUUUUUGGGCAGCUAGAAACUGAAGGAUUGAAACCAGAUUCAGCAACGUGGAAUUCAAUGAUCAGUGGGUUUUCACAUAUAGGGAAAGAGCUUGAAGCUUUUAUGUUCUUCAGGAAAAUGCAAUCUGCUGGUGUAAUGCCAAGUUUGAAGUCUAUCACAAGUCUUUUACCAGCUUGUUCAGCUCUGUCAGCGCUUCAAAGUGGAAGGGAGAUUCACGGACAUGUUGUUAGGACAUAUAUAAGUAAUGAUGAAUUUAUCGCUACUGCACUCAUUGACAUGUAUAUGAAGUGUGGGCAAUGUUCUUUGGCACACAGGGUUUUUGAUAGAUUUGAGAUAGAGUCUGAUGAUCCUGCAAUUUGGAAUGCAAUGAUAUCUGGUUAUGGAAGAAAUGGUGAGUAUGAAACUGCUUUUGAAAUAUUUCAUCGUAUGGUGGAAGAGAAUGUACAACCAAAUUUAGCAACGUUCAGUUGCGUUCUUUCCGUGUGCAGUCACACUGGUCAAAUUGACAAAGGGUGGCAAGUUUUUGGGAUGAUGAGUACGGAUUAUGGCUUAAAACCGGCUUCUGAGCAUUUCAAUUGCAUGGUCGACCUCUUGGGUCGCUCUGGCAGGCUGGACGAAGCGCGAGGACUAUUAAAAGAAAUCACAGAGCCUUCUACUUCGGUUUAUGCUUCUUUACUUGGUUCUUGUAAAUGCUAUUCAGAUUCCAAACUGGGAGAAGAAAUGGUCAAAAAGCUUUCAGAGUUGGAGCCAGAAAACCCAACUCCAUUUGUGAUUUUGUCGAACAUAUACGCUCAGCAGGGAAGGUGGAAGGAUGUGGAAAGGGUUAGAAGGGUAAUAGAUGAAAGGGGAUUGAGAAAACACCCUGGCUUUAGUUUGGCUGGAGUCACUUAA